GUAGUUCCAAGAGAGAUGGCAGAAGUCGCACCCGCUCCCGCCGGUGCGCCGGCCAAAGCGCCCAAGAAGAAAGCAGCUUCGAGAGCAAAAAAAGCCCGCCCUGGCGUCGGCGAGCUGAUCGUCAAAGCCGUUUCCUCGUCUAAGCAGAGGAGCGGCGUGUCUCUCGCUGCUCUGAAGAAAGCGCUGGCUGCCGGCGGAUACGAUGUGGAGAAGAACAACUCCCGCGUCAAGAUCGCCGUUAAGGGUCUCGUGACUAAAGGCACUCUGGUGCAGACCAAAGGGACCGGCGCGUCUGGCUCUUUCAAGCUGAACAAGAAGCAGACCGAAUCCAAGAAGCCCGUGAAGAAAGCCGCGCCCAAAGCCAAAAAGCCCGCCGCUACUAAGAAGCCCAGGAAGGUAGCGGCCAAGAAACCCGCCGCCGCGGCCAAGAAGUCUCCUAAGAAGGCGAAGAAGGCCGCCGCAAAGAAAGCCACAAAGAGCCCGAAGAAGGCGAAAAAGCCCGCGACCCCUAAAAAGGCAGCCAAGAGCCCCAAGAAAGCGAAAGCUGUCAAGCCCAAGACCACAAAGCCUAAAGCGGCAAAGGCGAAGAAGGCAGCACCCAAAAAGAAGUAAAGACGUUUGUUUCUUUCAUGCUUUUGUUCCUUAAACGGCUCUUUUAAGAGCCACCCAUAUUUUCCUUUAAAGAGCAACAUUUUCAGUCAAGCUUUAUGGAAUCAAAGCAAUACACGUUAGAAACAUACAAUAGUAUGGAUACACAUAUCUGCUACAUAUCAUGUACACAUAGCCACAAGCUGAUACUGAUUUUAGUACAGUAGGAUAGAAUCCUGAUCGUGAUUCCUAAACGUCAUUCCUGAUCUCCAA